AUGAAAGAGAAGAAAUCAUCAUUUUCAUCCAAUUGUAACAAGGAAGUUAAUGAAGUCAACGUCUGUUUAGCUACUGAAGAGAAGAAAGAAAAUCCCAUUCUUUGUCACUUGAUGGCGGCUUGUUCUUCAUUUUCAAAGGUUCGGAGAACACUGGCUUACAUAUUGCGAUUCACACAAAAUGCAAGAAAGAUCAAUAUGAAAAAAGGGACUAUUACCGCUCAGGAGCUACAAAUAUCAGAAAAAUACCUUUUUAAGUUGUGUCAAGACUCCCUAGACCUAUCCCGCUUCGAAGAAAAACUUCUUCCAAGGACGGACCAGGAUGGCCUUCAACGAGCACACGGACGCCUGGAAGAGAUCAGAUCACUCUCAGAGGAAAUGAGAAAUCCAAUCAUCUUACCACGCAACCACCCACUGGUCAAAUUACUUCUGCAGCACCUCCACGACAAACGGCGACAUUGCGGUUACAAGAGCUUAAUGCACGAGGCAAGAAAGAGGUUCUGGAUCAUCGGUCUACGUAGUAUGUGUAAACAACUUACGAGAAGAUGUAUCAUCUGUAGAAAAUUGCGAAAGAAACCCCUCGACCAACUGAUGGGCCAAAUCCCAAGUCUUCGAGUCGCGGCCGGACUGCCACCAUUUUCCAAUACCGCAAUGGACAUGUUUGGACCGGUGCAGAUCAGAAUGAACAGAAAGACACUCAAGGAAGCCCAAGUGAUAAUCUUUACCUGCAUGACGACCAGAGCAGUUCACCUGGAACUCGUCACCGAUAAAAGCACAAAGACAUUUUUGUUGGCAUUUCGCCGUCAGACUGUGGUACUAAUUUCGUCGGUUCACAAGGUUAUCUGAACGAAAUAAUGAAGAAUUGGGACAACGCUAGAAUCCAGAGUGUACUGACCGAGGAGUUCUCGUGCGAUUUCAAAUGGCUGUGGAAUGUGCCUCAUGCCAGUCAUCAGAACGGUGUCGUCGAGUCUCUUAUUAAGUCCGUCCGACAAGCCUUCAAUGUUACCUGCAAGAGUCAAGCGUUUAUGGCAGAACAGUGGUCAACAUUCCUCGCAGAAAUCAGCUACGUGAUCAAUAGUCGCCCUUUGUAUCCCAGUUCGGAUGGCGUUUGGGAGAGUCCACCAGUAACACCGAAUGAUAUCCUUCUUGGGCAGCAUAAUUCACCACCUCAGCCAACCCCGGAAGAUAGAAUCAACCCAAGAGAUCUUUUACGAUGCACACAAAACAGAAUUGUCGAUUUCUGGAAAUGCUGGUUGAAGUAUUUUGCACCCAAUCUAUUACCCCGCAACAAGUGGUUCCGAAAAAGAGACAACGUUCAAGUAGGGGACCUGGUUCUGGAGCUUGAUCCAAAACAUAAAAGAUGCCAAUGGAAGAUGGCACUUAUCACCGAAGUUCGUCCCGGAAUCGACGGCCUUGUGAGAAAAGUAAGAAUGAAGACGCAAACAGAAGAAUAUGACAGACCCAUCCACAAGCUGUGUCUUAUAGCCACCAGAGAAGAACUUGAUGCAGACUAG